AUGCAGCCGGUUUUCGAGACGACCGUGGCAAGUCUGCUGCCUCCGAUGACAGUGCUGACCAUGGUCUCUGGUGUUUGGUCGAUCUACCUUUUCCUGCAUCUCCUUCCGCAGCUACAGUUAGGCUUUCCGAUCGAGCACUUCGACCCCGAUGUGGCUUCCCGGGGAUGGAUCCACUUUCUCAUCUCCCAGGUACUGUCAGGACUGAUGAUGGUUUGCUUUGCCAAGGCAUCGUUGACGCCGCCCGGGUCUGUCCCAGAGGCCGUUGAGUGGCGCUUUGGAGCCUUCAAAGACCCGAACAUGACCAGUGAGGUCAAGGGGACGGGGGAGCGACGCCGCUGCAAGCACUGCCUCAUCUAUAAGCCGGACAGGUGUCACCAUUGUCGAAUUUGCAGGUGUUGCAUCUUGAAGAUGGACCACCACUGUCCCUGGAUCAUGAACUGCGUCGGCUUCCGAAACCACAAGUACUUCUUACUGCUCGUCUUUUACUCUCUCUUGAGUUGCAUCUUCAUCGGCGGCACGAUUUUGGAGACGAUCUUUGAGUCAGUGCAUAAGGACAUGCCCAUCUCGCAGAGAUUCCUCCUGAUGCUUUGCUUCGUGACCACUGCAUUCAUGGGAUUCCUUCUGACCCUCUUCUCGGGCUUCCAUGUGAUGCUGAUGAUGAAGGGUCUUACGACAAUCGAGUUCUGUGAGAAGCAGACAUCUGUGGCCAGCCCUCAGAGCGGCAGAUUUUCGAAGUACGACUACGGAGCCUACCGCAACUU